AUGAGCCGCACCGGCCAGCCGGAAAAAAACGGUGAGGGUGAGACAAUUGUCACUGUCUCUCACGGAGGUCCAAGUGGCUCAAGCGGCUUUCUCAAGAUCACAGAGGACAUGAUACGCCGGCAGCGCCCGGACUCGCCGCCGUCGCGGGACCCGGGCACCCGCAGCGCCCCGGCUCCUCCGCUCGCGACCGCCCUCCGCAGCGAUGGACGGAGACGGACCCAGGUAUUCCCUGGACUCUGGGGCCCAGUCCAGGGGGAGGAGGCGGCCCACCUGGCCGAGCUGCCCGAGCCGCUGCUGCUGCGCGUGCUGGCCGAGCUGCCGGCCGCCGAGCUGGUGCAGGCCUGCCGCCUGGUGUGCCUGCGCUGGAAGGAGCUGGUGGACGGCGCCCCCCUGUGGCUGCUCAAGUGCCAGCAGGAGGGGCUGGUGCCCGAGGGCGGCGCCGAGGACGAGCGCGACCACUGGCAGCAGUUUUACUUCCUGAGCAAGUGGCGGCGCAACCUGCUCCGCAACCCAUGCGGCCAAGAGGACUUGGAAGGCUGGUGCGACGUGGAGCACGGCGGGGACGGCUGGAGGGUGGAGGAGUUGCCUGGAGACUGUGGGGCUGAAUUCACCCACGAUGAGAGCGUCAAGAAGUUCUUCGCCUCCUCCUUCGAGUGGUGUCGCAAAGCGCAGGUCAUCGACCUGCAGGCCGAGGGCUACUGGGAGGAGCUGCUGGACACGACUCAGCCGGCCAUCGUGGUGAAGGACUGGUACUCGGGCCGCAGCGACGCCGGCUGCCUGUACGAGCUCACCGUGAAGCUACUUUCGGAGCACGAAGACGUGCUGGCUGAGUUCAACACCGGGCAGGUGGCAGUGCCCCAAGACAACGACGACGGGGGCUGGAUCGAGAUCUCCCACACCUUCACCGACUAUGGGCCAGGCGUCCGCUUCGUCCGCUUCGAGCAUGGGGGGCAGGACUCUGUCUACUGGAAGGGCUGGUUUGGGGCCCGGGUGACCAACAGCAGCGUGUGCGUGGAGCCCUGAGUGACACCCCCGCCCCACUCCACCGUCCCCCAACUGCCCUGGAGGGGCAGAUAAGCCUUAACUUAGUUCGUAGCCUCCUCACCUUCCCCAGCCACCCUACUCCUGCCCUUGCUCCAAGCCCAGCCCCCACUCGGGGAGAGAGGGGUUUUGUUGGCAUAUAUUUGCAUAUGUUUGCAUCUUCUAGAAUGUAAGAUCAGUGAGGGUGUGGGCCUGGGCUGGGCCCACUGCUGAAUCCCCUGCACCUAGCACAGUGCCUGCUGCAACGUGGGCGCUCAAUAAACAUUAUUUGUCUGAGGAAGGAA